GUUCCACUGGCUGGCUCAAAUAACGAGUCAUGGUGCCAAGGUCUUGAUGGCCUCACCCCACGUUCCGCUGCAUGCUAUCAACAGGGAGCUCGUUUUGCAAAUGGUAAAAUUUGUAUCCAUUUGGCACUACAUGUCUAAAUAUCUUUCAGUUUUUCCAUUAGCAUUUCCCUUCUGUGUUAUGAAUACAGGAAAGUGAUAUAAAAAUUAUGUACAUUCUUUCUGGUGAAAAUAUGCUUUUUUGUUUUGCUAUUAUUAAAGACAUACUUUCAAUUGUUAUUUAUAGGCGUACUGUGGUAAGCAUUCCUAAUGGUCCAUCUGAACUUACUGUGAAAGAAGCAGCCUGGGGGCUUGCUCGCUAUGCUGCCAUCUCUCAGGACAAUGGAUUGGUUCCAAUUGUUGAGCCAGAGAUCUUGCUUGAUGGUGAACAUGAAAUUGACAGGACUUUCGAAAUAGCUAAAAAGGUUUGGGCUGAGGUUUUCUUCUACCUUGCCCAGAACAAUGUGAUGUUUGAAGGUAUCCUCCCCAAACCAAGCAUGGUCACUCCCGGUGCAGAGUGCAAGAACCGGGCCACUCCUCAACAAGUUGCUGACUACACCCUCAAGCUCCUCCGCCAAAGAAUCCCUCCAGCCGUCCCCGGAAUCAUGUUUUUGUCUAGUAGGCAGUCUAAAGUUCAGGCUACCUUGAACUUGAACGCAAUGAACCAAGCUCCAACCCCAUGGCAUGUGUCAUUCUCAUAUGCAAGAGCCCUUCACAAUACUUGCCUGAAGAAGCGGGGAGGCAGACCUGGGAACGUGAAGGAGGCUCAGGAUGCUCUGCUUGUCCGGGCAAAGGCCAACUCUCUUGCUCAACUUGGCAAGUACACAGGCGAGGUAGAGUCUGGGAGGCCAAGCAAGUAAUGUUUGUCAAGGGUUUUGUUUACUAGGUUGUUUGAAUCGAAUCCAUAAAAGAAGACAACAGUGAUGGUAAAAUAAAUUAUGUACAGGUGAUGAAGAUCUUUGCUGUUAUCCUCGCAGCAGUGUACCAUAUUUUUGUUGAUAACAUGUAUCUUCAACAGCUUUAUAAAUUUCCAGCAGUGAAAGUUUAAUCGAAAGAGGAGACUACUAAUCUCUGCCAUUACUAUUUUGUUUUCCACUUAUUCUUCCUAAUAACUACGCUAAAGCAUUAGAGUUAGGCCGAUCCAUACUAAGAGUAAACUGAGCAGAAAUCCUAAAUACCAAUGGACUCGUCAGGAUUGAGUGCAUAAUCUAGGGCAAGUGACUCUCAAAAUUCAAUUUCUAUAAGAUAUUUGAUGUUCUAUGAUCUUGCAAGUGGAUGCAAAUCUAAAUGCCAAAAAACUUAAAGCAUAACCUUGUUCAUCCUCCAGUUAACAAGCCAAGUAUUACUGUUUUAUGAAGUGCAGAUGUACGUUGAUACCCAUACCAGAUGCUGAUUGUCAAGGUUUAGAAUAUAUCUGGAAGAAUGCUCGAGUGACACAACUCAGGCCUAGUGUCACCGUCUACACUAAUUUGUGAAGUAUUAUUGGGUAAUGGUCAUCUGACACUCAGCCUCCCAUACUGUGAGCAGAUAUUCUGUUAUGAUGAAUUUGCUCAUACUCUAUCCAAUGAUGGAAACUCUUACGUGUUUCAGAAGUCGCUUCCCCCAUUUGUUGUUGGCCUCCAUCCGUUUUGCUACUAUUGUCAUCAUCAGGGCUGGAUCUUCUUCUUCUCUUUAUCCUUCUCAUUUUUUCUGCUCUUCUAUAUUCUAAAACAAGGUGUUCGUUUAUUUUACCGUCUUUAUCUAUAAUUUUCUAAAAUGUUU